ACCCCCCACCCCAAAAUCCUUCCCGGGUUGCGGAGCCAUCGGGGGACGGAUGGUGGCCAUGGAGGUGGCCUUCGUCCUCGUCACCAUCGUCGGCCUCUGGGGGGGCCCUGGGGGGGCACGGAGGGCUGUCACCGCCGAUGUCACCACCGCUGCCACCACUGCCAACGUCACCACUGAUGUCACCUCUGAUGUCACCACUGAUGUCACCGCCAAUGACACCAUGAGUGUCCCCUCUGACGUCACCACUGCCAACGCCACCACAGCUGUCACCCCCAAUGUCACCGUGGAUGUCUCCUCUGACGUCACCACUGAUGUCACCACCAAUGGCACCACUGAUGUCACCUCUGAUGUCACCACUGACGUCACCACAGACGUCCCCACCACUGCCACCACUGCCAACGCCACCACUGACGUCACCAUUGACGUCACCACUGUUGUCACCACUGAUGUCCCCUCUGAUGUCACCACUGAUGUCACCUCUGACGUCACCACUGAUGUCACCACCAAUGGCACCACUGAUGUCACCUCUGAUGUCACCACUGACGUCACCACGGAUGUCCCCACCACUGCCACCACUGCCAACGUCACCACUGACGUCACCACUGUUGUCACCACUGAUGUCCCCUCUGAUGUCACCACUGAUGUCACCUCUGACGUCACCACUGAUGUCACCACCAAUGGCACCACUGAUGUCACCACUGAUGUCACCACUGACGUCACCACUGAUGUCACCUCUGAUGUCACCUGCGGUGGCUCCGUGGAUGUCCCCGCUGAUGUCACCACUGACGUCACCACGGAUGUCCCCACCACUGCCACCACUGCCAACGUCACCACAGAUGUCCCUUCCAAUGGUACCACCGAUGUCACCACUGAUGUCCCCUCUGAUGUCACCUCUGACGUCACCUCUGACGUCACCACUGCCAACGUCACCACAGCUGUCACCUCCAAUGUCACCAUGGAUGUCCCCUCUGAUGUCACCGAUGUCACCUCUGAUGUCACCACCGUUGUCACCACCGAUGUCACCACUGAUAUCACCUCUGAUGUCACCUGCAGUGGCUCCGUGGAUGUCCCCUCUGAUGUCACCACUGACAUCACCACUGAUGUCCCCACCACUGCCACCACUGCCAACGUCACCACUGACGUCACCACCGUUGUCACCACUGAUGUCACCACUGACGUCACCUCUGAUGUCACCACCGCCAACGUCACCACAGCUGUCACCUCCAAUAGCACCAUGGAUGUCCCCUCUGACGUCACCGCUGAGGUCACCUCCAAUGUCACCUCUGAUGUCACCACUGAUGUCACCAUGGAUGUCACCUGCGAUGGCACCGUGGAUGUCCCCUCUGAUGUCACCACUGAUGUCACCACCACUGUCACCACUGCCAACGUCACCACAGCUGUCACCUCCAAUGGCACCACUGAUGUCCCCUCUGAUGUCACCACUGAUGUCACCACCGUUGUCACCACAGAUGGCCCCUCUGACGUCACUUCUGAUGUCACCACCAAUGGCACCACUGAUGUCACUUCUGAUGUCACUUCUGAUGUCACCACUGACGUCACCACCGUUGUCACCUCUGAUGUCCCGUCUGAUGUCACCACUGUUGUCACCACAGAUGUCCCCUCUGAUGUCACCUCCAAUGGCACCACAGAUGUCCCCUCUGAUGUCACCACUGAUGUCACCACCGUUGUCACCACAGAUGUCACCACUGACGUCACUUCUGAUGUCACCACAGAUGUCACCAUGGCUGUCACCUCCAAUGGCACCAUGGAUGUCCCCUGUAACGUCACCACUGAUGUCACCACCAAUGUCACCUCUGAUGUCACCACAGAUGUCACCACAGAUGUCCCGUCUGAUGUCACCACCGUUGUCACCACUGAUGUCACCACUGACGUCACCUCUGAUGUCACCACUGUUGUCACCACUGAUGUCACCACUGACGUCACCUCUGAUGUCACCACUGUUGUCACCACUGAUGUCACCACUGAUGUCACUUCUGAUGUCACCACAGAUGUCACCACGGCUGUCACCUCCAAUGGCACCAUGGAUGUCCCCUCUGACGUCACCACUGAUGUCACCACCACUUUCACCACUGCCGACAUCACCACUGACGUCACCUCCAAUGGCACCAUGGAUGUCCCCUCUGACGUCACCACUGAUGUCACCACCAAUGUCACCUCUGAUGUCACCACAGAUGUCACCACUGACGUCCCGUCUGAUGUCACCACUGUUGUCACCACAGAUGUCACCACUGACGUCACCUCUGAUGUCACCACUGUUGUCACCACAGAUGUCCCCUCUGACGUCACCUCCGAUGUCACCACGGCUGUCCCCAAUGUCCCCAGGAGGACCUCUUCCGCCCCCCGAUCUGCGGCGGUCCCAACCGGGAGCACCAAAAGGACCCACAGCACCGCCGGCCCCACAACCACAGUGGCCUCAAUGGCCCCAUAA